AUGAAAUUUACUGCUUUCUGUAUGCAAAUUAAAUUCCUGCACAUAAAGGAAGAAGACCGGACUCCACCGCCGACUUCUCCGCCUCCCAUUUUUUCAGUGAUUCCUGGAGGUUUCAUUAAGCAACUCGUUCGUGAAACAGAGAAAGAAGCUAAACUCAAGGAGAAAAUCCCACUGAAUUCUAAGGAAGACCCUCCAGGGAAAGUGGACGAUGGCUCCGUGAUCAAGGACACCACCAACCUGUGGGAAGCUGGUCAAGGGAUGGCCAAUAGCAAAGGUCAAGGGUCGCUGGUCCAGGGCUGGUUGAAUGGCGAGGGUGAAGGAAUGACCAAAAUCCCAGAAAAGAAGAGAGGAGCCGAUCUGAGGGUCGGGUCACCAUCCUCUCCUUCCAAUCCCUCCCCACUUCCCAGGACUUUGUUUUCACCCGAAGGAGGGAAAAAGGAUCCGGAGAAGGUACCAGAAGCAGGGAAGAAGGCCCACCAUCCGACACCGUGGAGCAAACAACGCUUAGAGGGCCUUGGAAAAGAGAAUGUGAAAACAAGGGUGAAGGAUGAGUGUGUCACCGGGCGGACAAGCCUCAGGGCAAAUAAAGGGAUGAAUAAGGAGAAAGCAAUGGGAGAAAUGGGGAAGAAAACGGGAGAAAACAAGGAGAAAAUGGGAGAGAUAAUUGGGAAAAAACCAUGGGAAAACAAGGAGAAAAUGACAGAAGAAACAGGGGGGAAAGUGGGCGAAAACAAGGAGAAAAUAACAGGAAAAAUGGGGGGAAACAAUGAGAAAAUGACAGAAGAAACAGGGGGGAAAGUUGGAGGAAACAAGGAGAAAAUAACAGGAGAAACAGGAAGAAAAGUGGGAGAAAAGAAGGAGAAAUUGGUGGGAGAAACAGAGAAAAAAAUGGGGGAAACCAAGGAGAAAACAAGAGAAAUAACUGGGAAAAAACUAUGGGAAAAUGAGGAGAAAAUGACAGGCGAAAAGGGGAAAAAAGUGGGAGAAAGCAAGGAGAAAAGAAUGGGAGAAAUGGGAAAAAAGGUGGGAGAAAACAAGGAGAAAACAGCGAAAAAAGUGAUAAAAAAUAAGGAAGAAAUGAGGGGAAAGGUGGAAGAAAACAAGGAAAAACCAAGAGUAAUAACUGGGGAAAAACAAGGGGAGAAAAUAAUGGGAGAAACGGGGGGAAAAGUGAUGGAAAGUAAAGAAGAAAUGGGAGAAAACACAGAGAAAAUCAAGGACAUUGGAGAAAAACGGGAGCAAAAAUCAUCAAUAGAAGAAACAGGAGAAAACGAGGAAAACAAAGUCGAUCUUGGAGAAAUCACUGAUUCUUCAGAGAAGGAAGAUGUCUGGUACGAAACGGAGAAAGUUUGGUUGGUCCAGAAAAAUGGCUUCACCCUGGCAACUGAACUGAAACCCGAUGUAGGGACCCCUGAACUCCCUCCAGGGAUGGUCCGGGUUCGAAUCGAGUCAGACAGUUCUGUGUUGGAAGUUGACGAGGAACAGAUCCAGAAGACCAACCCUUCAAGGUUCGACUAUGCCGAAGACUUGGCCUCACUCGUUAGCCUUAAUGAGUCGAGUGCCAUCAACACCCUCAUCCACCGCUUCCGGUCACAGCUGGUUUACACUUAUUCCGGUCCAGAUCUGAUAGUCAUUGAACCAUGGUCUUCUACAAACAACACUUCUAAGAAGGCCUUCAAAGGGAAGCGGGAUGUGAUGUCUCCCCACAUUUUCUCUGUGGCUCAGAAGGCCUACUGGACCAUGCUGACUCAACGCCAGGACCAGACCAUAAUCCCUUUGGGGAGAUCGGGUUCAGGGAAGACCACUUGUUGCCAGAAUGUUCUUGAGUACCUGGUGGAGCAUGCAGGCAGUGUGGACAACCGGGUCACAGUGGAGAAGAUCCAGGCCAUGUUCACUAUCCUCCAGGCCUUCGGGGCAGUCAGUGAUGGCCGUAAUGGAGCAUCCACCCGGUUCUCAAUGGCCAUGGCGCUGGACUUCAACGCUGCAGGACACAUCACGGCUGCCCACCUUCAGACAAUGCUUUUGGAGAGGAUCCGCGUCACACAGCAACCGGACGGAGAGGGCAAUUUCAACGUCUUCACUCAGAUGUUAGCCGGACUUGACCUGGACCAGAGGACCCUCCUCCACUUGCAUCAUAUGAGGGACAGCAACUCCUUCGGAAUCCAGCCUCCUUCUACUGCGGAGGAGAGGCAAUCGUACAAGGCUUCCUUCUCUGGCCUUCAAUCUGCCUUCAGGACAAUGGGCAUUGGAGUCCAAGAGGAAAGCGCCCUCUGCAGAGUCCUGGCCGCCAUCAUCCACCUUGGGGCUGCUGGGGCCACCAAAGUUGGCAGAAAGCAGUUCCUGAGAUGGGAGGCAGCCAAUGAAGCAGCAGAAGCUUUGGGCUGUGACUUUGAGGAACUCUCCUCCGCCGUCUUCAAGCAUCACCUUCGCAACAUAAUACAGCAGGCCACCAGAAACAUUGCAGAAGAACCCACAGAGAGUCCCAAAUUGACGGGUGUCGAAUGCCUUGAGGGAAUGGCGGCCGGGCUCUAUGAGGAAUUGUUUGCAGCCAUUGUCUCCUUAAUCAAUAGGUCCUUCUCCUCCACACUCCUCUCUAUGGCUUCCGUUCUGGUUCUAGACCUGCCGGGCUUCCGGAAUCCACGCCAUGACAGGAAAGAGAGAGCAGCUUCCUUUGAAGAGUUCUGCCGAAACUACGCACAAGAGAGACUUCAGGCACUUUUCUAUGAACGGACCUUCACUUCCACAAUGGAAAGGUACCAAGAGGAGGGCAUCGAGCCCUGCUUUGAGUUGCCUGGCUCCACCCCUUCUGCUACAGUGGCCCUGGUGGACCAAAGGCCCUCCCAGGUCUCAAUGGCUUCAGCCGGGAAAGGAGAUGACCCUCCCAAAGGCCUGCUCUGGAUUCUGGAGGAAGAGGCAUUGCUCCCCGGUUUGAGUGACAGCAGUGCCAUCCAACGCCUUUUCUCCGCCUUCAACACACAAGAAGGAACAGCCUUCUUCCUCAGGAAGUGCGAGCAGGCCUUGCAGUUUGAGGUCGGCCACCUCCUGGGUCAUGACCCCGUCCGUUAUGACGCUACUGGGUGGGUCAGCAAGGCCAAGUGGAACCUCUCAGCUGAGAAUGCCGCCCAGGUCUUGCAGCAAUCGAAAAUAGAGGCCAUAAAUGAGCUUUUCCAAAGCCGGUGCAAGAUCCCCCUGGUGUGCCGGUCAGUGGCGGGUCUGGAAGGAAACUCUCAGCAGGCCUUGCAGCGUAUCGGUUGUGUGCGGAAGUCUUUUGCCAGCAGUUUCGCGGCCGUGAAGAAGAAGUCGGUCUGUGCUCAGAUCAAACUUCAGUUGGAUGCCCUCUGCAAUUUGGUGAAGCGUUCCCAGAUCCAUUUUGUCCACUGCCUUCUCCCGAGAACAGAAGUAGAGACCCACCCGGAUCCAACAACAUCAUGGGACAUCCCAUCCUUGCGUGUCCAGCUCUCUGGGUGUCAGAUCAUAGAUGCCUUGCGGUUGCAUAGAAUCGGAUAUUCUGACCGCAUGGCGCUGACCCAAUUCCGACGGCGUUUCCAGAUCUUGGCCCAACCACUGAUGAGAAAAUACACUUCAGCUUAUGAGACAACGGAUGAGAAGAAGGCUUUGGAGGAGCUGCUCCGUGCCUUGGAUUUGGAAAAGAAGAGCAUCGCCUUGGGACGAACCCAGGUCUUCUUGAAGGCAGGGCUCCUCUCCAGAUUGGAAAAACAAAGGGAUAAGAUGGUCUCCCAAAAUCUGUCUCUCUUUCAAGCUGCCUGCAAAGGCUUCCUCUCCAGGCAGAACUAUAGGAAGCUAAAGGUCCAGCGGCUGGCGAUCCAAUGCAUCCAGAGGAACCUGUUGUCCUUUCAGAGGGUCAAGGCCUGGUCCUGGUGGGUCCUGAUGGGGCGGCUCCGGCCACUGCUGACCAGCAGCCUCUCCGCUGACCAGCUCCAAGCCAAGGAGGAGGAACUUUCCAUCCUGAAGAAGAAACUGGAAAACGCGGAACUCCAUCGCCAAAACGUAGAAUUACUGGAAACAAAGGUCAUUGACCUCACGGCGGAGCUACUGGAUGAACGCUUGAAAGUGGAAGCCGCUUGCCGUGUUUUGGACACAGAGCGGUCCGAGCGGCUGAAGGGGUCGAGAGAGGUCAAGGAGCUGCAGAAUAAACAUGAGGAUCUACGGAAGAAAUUAGAAGCCGCAGAGAAACAACUAGAGGAAACGCAGCAGCAGCUUGAACUGCGAGAAAUGGCUGCCAAAAGCUCUGGGAAAGGGGAGGAAUGGCAGAUGCAAUUGGAUUGUGCCGAAACAGAGAUUGGAUUCCUCCGGAAACGGAUUGCGCUUCUGGAAGAACGGUUGGAAACUGAGCAAAAAGCCAAGAAAGAGAUCGAAGAAAAGCUGUGUGGGGCACAGUUGGCCUGGGAGGCGGCCCGCCGCUCGUCACAGCAGUUCCAGCGCAAGUGCCAGCGCCUAGCCUGUGACCUGGAGGACACCCGCCUCCUUGUGGAGAACCAGCAGAACCGCAGCCACGAACUGGAGAAGAGGCAGAAGAAGUUUGACCUGCAGCUGGCCCAAGCUUUGGGGGAAUCUGCGUUUGAGAAAAGUCUUCGUGAAAAAGUGAUGCAAGAAAACACCAACCUCCAGUAUCAAGUGGGGAAAAUGCAAAAGAACUUAGAGGAGAAGGAGUCUGAGAAGAAUGUCCUGGUCAAGCGGCUGGAGCUGCUGACCAAGCAGAUGUCGGAGCUGUGUUGUCUGUCCAAUGGCCUUGACACGAACAAAAUGGCUGCCCUGCAGAAGCAGGUCUGGGACCUGGAAGAAAGUGCUGCCAAACAAGAGGAAGAGCUUGGUCUUCAAGCAAAAAGAAUUGAACACCUGGAACAGUUGCAUUUACAUCUGGAGCUGGAGAUUGAGAGGAAGCAGCAUCUGCAUCAGAAGAAAAUGGAAGAUAAAGAAGAAGAGAUGGAUGACCUCCGGGGAGCCUGCCAGAAGAAGCUGCGCCAGCUGGAGAUGCAGUGCGAACAGGAAGCGGAGGAGAAACAGCGGCUGCUGGCUGAGAAGCGCGACCUGGAAGGACUCAUCGCAACCUUAUGUGAACAGGUUGGCCACCAUGACUUUGAGGUGGAGAAGCGCCUUCGCCGGGACCUGAAGCGGAGCCGUGCCCUCCUGGCCGAUGCUCAACUCCUCCUCCAGGAAAGCUCUUCUAGGUCAGAAACUGGGUCAACGGAGGUCAAAGCAGAGGUGGAGAAGCUGCGCAGGCAGUGGGAAGAGAGCGUUUCCCGUUGUGCAGAAGCGCAGGAAUCCCAGAAGGAGAUGACCUUUGAACUGGAAGGACUCCGCUCGGAGGUGGAGAAACUCGCUCGCAACAAAAUCUUGAUGGACGAGCAGCUCUACCAAUUGCAGCAUGAAAAAGCGGAUCUGCUGAAGCGCAUCGACGAGGAUCAGGAGGAUCUGAACGACCUGAUGGAGAAACACAAGGCCCUCAUCGCACAGUCCGCCAAGGAUAUUUCCCAAAUCCAGGAUCUUCAGACGCAGCUGGAAGACUUGAAGAAAGAAAAACAAAACAUUCAGGAAAAACUGCAGGCCUUGGAGUCCCAGCUGAAGGGUCACUGGAGUCAAGGGUCAUCACCGGAGAGGUCAAUCGUGAGCCGGCAGGAGGCCCUGAUCCGUGAACAAGAAAACAAGGCUGCCUUCCAGGAUGUCCAGGUCAAGCGCCUUGAGAUGCUGGUCUUGCGCUUGAGGGACAGCCUGAUCCGUUUGGGAGAAGAGACUGAACGAGGGAAGGAAAGCGAGCGGAGAGAGAAAGAGAAUGCGGAGUAUGCGUGGAAGCGCAUGGAGGAGAUGAAGGCCCAGCUGCAGGAAUUGCAGGACAGGGAGAACCAGGCUCAGCACAAAAGGGUCCAGAUGGAGAAGCAAAUAGAUGAAUUAUCGGCGGUGAGGCAGACGCUUCAAGCAGACCUGGAGACAGCUAUUCGACGCAUUGCGGAUUUGCAAGCUGCUCUGGAAGAAGUGAGAUCAAGCGAUGAAGACGAAAGUGAUACGGAAAGCGUCCACACAGCCAAGGAAUCGUUGACAUCCAGAAUGGACACGGAAAGCGUGGGCUCCUCUUCGAUCAGCCUGAACCUGGGUCCAGAGGGAAGUGUCUACUCCUGGCGGUCAGCCCCAUCCCCCACCUGGAGUGACCUCAGCAAAGAUCUGGAAAGGAGAUCUGUCUCUGGCAUUGGCACCGAAAAAAUUGGUGCAAACAUGCAAAGAGAAGGAGGGGAAUUGUGCAAAUUGCCUCGCUCUGCCUCAUCUUUUGCUCUUUCUGAAUAUGUUGAGGAAUUGCGUCGGAAGCGGUUGAACGAAGAAGAAUUGGGGGAUUCCGGCCCCAAUUUGCCUAUUUAUCAGACAACCGGAGCCUCCAUUUUGAGAAGAAGCCGGCCGAUGCAAGAAAACGAUGAAUCGUGCAAAUCCCUUGCACGAGACGUGCAAAAUGUUAAAAGCGAGGUGGCCACUUCAUUGCAACCAAAGCCCUGGAAGAGUUCAUUGGAGGAAAUGAGAGAAUUGGAGAAACCGAUAUUUGGUUCAUGCAAACCCCUCGUGCAAAAUGUGCAAAGCGAGGCCGCUGCUUCAUUGCAAGCAAAGCCCUGGAGGAGUUCAAUGGAAGAAAUCAGAGAAUUGGAGAAACCCAAACCAGCCCUGAAAUUCGGUUUGUGUGAAUCCCUCAUGCGGGACGUGCAAAACGAGGUAGCCACCUCAUCGCAAGUGAAACCCUGGAGGAGUUCAUUGGAAGAAAUAAGGGAAUUGCAAAAUCCAGUAUAUGGCCCGUGCAAGCCCCUCGUGCAAAACGAGUCAGCGGCUUCCUUGCAAAUGAAGCCCUGGAGGAGUUCUUUAGAAGAAAUAAGAGAAUCGGAGAAUCCAAAAUUCACCUCGUGCAAACCCCUCGUGCAAGGAGUGCAAAAUGAGACAGCCACUUCCUUGCAAGCUAAACCAUGGAAGAGUUCGUUGGAGGAAAUGAGAGAAUUGGAGAAACCAUUAUACGGCUCGUGCAAACCCCUCGUGCAAAAUGUGCAAAGUGAGACGGCCGCUUCAUUGCAAGCUAAACCAUGGAAGAGUUCAUUGGAGGAAAUAAGGGAACUAGAGAAUCCAAUAUUCAACCCAUGCAAAUCCCUCGUGCGAGGCGAAGAAAUGGGCGAAUUGGUGGGGAUGAAGCCCUUGGUUUUCCAAAGUCGGCGCUUUGGACGGGAGGCAGAGGACCAGGAUAACUUCCCUCCGGCCAUCCGGACAUCCAGGAGCCCCAGGCGGGAUGGUCAGCGGCCCAUGAGCGUACACUUCGAGGACGAGGUCAAGGCCGUUUUGGGGCCCAAAGGAAACACCAUUUUGGGGCCUGAUGAUGAUGACGACUCCUCAUCUUCCUCUUCCUCAUCUGGAUCUGUGGUUUCCUUCAAGGGCCGGCAGCCGGAGGGUCAAGCACCCAGGGCUGACCACCGGUUGGAAGCGGAAGGGAAAGAGGAUGAUGUCCACAGCAUCAUGAGGAAGUACCUGGGGAAGGAGUGAGGAAAUAAAGAAAAGAAUGCAGAAAGAAGCACAUUCAAUAUAUGGAUUUUGAAGCACAUCUUUUGUGAUUGUGGUGUUUGCACGAAUGUUUGUGUGUUUGUGAAUGAGAGACAAAGAGAUUGAGAGAACGAGACCUCUGUUAACUCUCUUUGUUUUAUACAAAAAAUUAAAAUUACAAUAAAUGAAUUUUAAAACCUUU